AUAUAAAUUGCGUAAGCCUCCCUGACUCUGGAUCUUCGUGGUUUCUUCUCCAUUCUGUCCGAAUCCACCCCCUUUUAUCUCUAGAGACUUUAUAUUUUCUCCCUCUAAAGUUUCAAUAAUCCCAUUGGUCUUGAUCUGAGAGCAAUUUAUUCUGCUUUGAUAUGGCUACACACACACCCAAGAACAUCCUCAUUACGGGGGCUGCUGGAUUCAUUGCAUCCCAUGUUGCUAACCGGCUUAUCAGGAAUUACCCAGACUACAAGAUUGUUGUGCUUGACAAGCUUGAUUACUGUUCGAAUCUCAAGAACCUCCUUCCCUCUAAAUCAUCCCCUAACUUUAAGUUUGUCAAGGGAGACAUUGGCAGUGCUGACCUUGUCAACUUCCUUCUCAUCACUGAGUCCAUUGACACAAUAAUGCACUUUGCAGCCCAGACUCAUGUUGACAACUCCUUUGGUAACAGCUUUGAGUUCACCAAAAAUAAUAUCUAUGGUACUCAUGUCCUUCUAGAAGCCUGCAAAGUCACUGGCCAGAUCAGGAGAUUCAUCCAUGUUAGCACAGAUGAAGUCUAUGGAGAGACAGAUGAAGAUGCUGUUGUAGGAAACCAUGAGGCUUCUCAACUCCUUCCGACAAACCCAUACUCAGCAACAAAAGCUGGUGCAGAAAUGCUUGUUAUGGCCUAUGGUAGGUCGUAUGGCUUACCUGUUAUAACUACCCGAGGGAACAAUGUUUAUGGGCCCAAUCAAUUUCCUGAGAAAUUAAUUCCAAAGUUCAUCCUCUUGGCAAUGAGAGGAAAGCCUCUUCCAAUACAUGGGGAUGGAAGUAAUGUGCGUAGUUAUCUCUACUGUGAGGAUGUUGCUGAGGCUUUUGAAGUCAUUCUUCACAGAGGAGAGGUUGGCCAUGUGUACAACAUUGGGACUAAGAAAGAAAGGAGGGUGAUUGAUGUGGCCAAAGAUGUAUGCAACCUCUUCUCAAUGGACCCAGAGACAAGCAUAAAGUUUGUGGAGAAUAGACCAUUUAAUGACCAAAGAUACUUUCUAGAUGAUCAGAAGCUAAAGAUCUUGGGCUGGUCAGAGCGGACUACAUGGCAAGAGGGGCUGAAGAAGACAAUGGAAUGGUAUAUCAACAAUCCUAAUUGGUGGGGUGAUGUCUCUGGAGCAUUGCUUCCUCAUCCAAGAAUGCUGAUGAUGCCUGGUGGGAUUGAAAGACAUUUUGAUGGCUCCGAAGAUAGUGAUUCUACAGCUUCUCCUGUCUCAAGUAAUCUUAACCAGACCAGAAUGGUGGUACCAGUUCCCAAAAGCGUCAGUUCUCCCCGCAAGCCAUCCUUGAAGUUCUUGCUUUAUGGUAGGACUGGGUGGAUUGGGGGUCUACUUGGAAAGCUGUGUGAGAAGCAAGGGAUUCCAUAUGAGUAUGGAAGAGGGCGUCUAGAGGAUCGGGCAUCUCUCUUGGCGGAUAUUCAGAAUGUUAAGCCAACACAUGUUUUUAAUGCUGCUGGCGUGACUGGCAGACCCAAUGUUGAUUGGUGUGAAUCUCAUAAACCAGAAACAAUCCGCGCCAACGUUGCUGGAACUCUGACCUUGGCAGAUGUUUGCAGAGAACAUGGACUCCUAAUGAUGAAUUUUGCUACUGGGUGUAUAUUUGAGUAUGAUGCUGCACAUCCAGAGGGUUCUGGCAUCGGAUUUAAAGAGGAAGACACACCAAAUUUUGCCGGUUCUUUCUAUUCAAAAACCAAGGCCAUGGUUGAGGAACUCUUAAAAGAAUUUGACAAUGUUUGCACCCUCAGAGUUCGAAUGCCAAUAUCAUCUGACCUCAACAACCCACGCAACUUCAUUACAAAGAUCUCUCGUUAUAACAAAGUGGUUAACAUCCCAAACAGCAUGACCGUCCUGGAUGAGCUUCUACCCAUUUCAAUUGAAAUGGCAAAGCGUAAUUGCAGGGGUAUAUGGAACUUCACAAACCCUGGAGUUGUAAGCCAUAAUGAGAUUCUCGAGAUGUACAAGAGUUACAUCGACCCCAACUUUAAGUGGGCCAACUUCACACUGGAAGAGCAGGCCAAGGUUAUAGUUGCCGCCCGAAGCAAUAAUGAGAUGGAUGCCUCCAAGUUGAAAAAUGAGUUCCCUGAGUUGCUCCCAAUCAAGGACUCAUUGAUCAAGUAUGUAUUUGAGCCCAAUCAGAAAAGCCUUGCAGCAUAAGCAUUUUACAGUAGUAGACCACAGGUCUGAUCUCAUCAAAUCUCAUUAGGUAAUAUGGUUUGGAUUACAUCUAUAUAAUGUUUAUCAGUUUCAGUCAUAUUAUUCAUUUUUAGCUUCAUCCCAAUAUUUCUAUUGCUCUAGACAGGGAUUAGGAUAAAUUCUUCUAGUUUUUCUCCUUUCCAGAUUCUAGUUGAGUUUUGGUUUGCUUAAUGUUCUCUUCUCUAUGGGCAACUUUUGAGUAGGUUCUUUAUAUAUUUUAGUCCCAUCCUGUAAACUUUCAGGUGUGUAACUUUGGAUUCUGUUAUAUGAAUUAGCUGUCCCAUUUAUUUUUAA